AUGGGUAUAGUAUGCACAUCGUUCCUAUGGGGUUACCUGAGCGACUCGCGCGGGCGCCGCACGGUCAUGCUACCGGCCAUGGUAGGUUCUGUGUUCUUCUCCCUCGCUUCCUCAUUCGCCACCACCGUCUGGAUGCUGGCGGGGCUCAGGAUGCUUACCGGAUGCCUGGUAUCAGCGUCCAGCGCAACAGUCUACGCUUACUUAGGAGAAAUGCACAUUAACUCUCGAAGAGCUUCGGCCAUUGCCUGGGGGUCCGUCUUCAUCUCAUUUUCUUUCAUCAUCUUACCAGGUUUAGCCUGGUUGAUAAUUCCAGGAGAGUGGUCGUACUCCAUAGGAACAGUAAAUAUCGUACCCUGGCGAGUCUUCAUGUGGUCAUGGUGUGUCCCGGGGUUGAUUGCCGCUGUAUUUCUUGCUUUCUUGCCAGAAAGCCCUCGAUAUAUUCUAUCUGCUAAAGGACCUCAGGAAGCGCUCCCAGUCUUGGCUAAAAUGUAUAAAUGGAAUCAUGGUUGUUCAGAGCAUAAUUAUCCUCUGCAGAAAUGUCGUCAGAAUUGUGGCGUUCCCGAAGAAUACAAUCCAUUAGUAACUCGAGUGACAGCGCAGCAAUCCCUGGAUCCAAGUCAGGUAGAAAGGAUAGCCAACAUAACACACUUUCAGCACAGAGUCGAUUUUGCCGAAUCCCUCAAGAAUUUCGAACAGCUUUUCAAGCCUCCUUUGUUGAGAUGCGUCUUUAUCUCACAUGUGUCUAUGUUUGCUGUAUACAUGUUGUCCAGUGGUUUAUAUGUUUGGGUGCCAGAUAUAUUGAACGAUAUUCUUCAAAACACGAGCAACGAAAGUACUACUAUCUGUGAAAUAAUUGCAGACAAAAUCAACAGUACAUCUACACUUAAUGUAGCAACGUGCAAAGUUAACGUGAAUGUCGCCGUGUUUCCAAUUUCAAUGGGUAUGGGUGUCAUAUUUGCAAUUACAUUUCUGGCGAUCGGCGUGUUCAUCAAUAAAGUUGGAAAGAAGACACUUUAUUGGGGUAUAAUGGUCGUAUGUGGCAUGGCGACGAUAGGUUCAGUGUUUGUGCGGGAUAACGCUUCGGCUACUGCCUUGCUCAUCCUGGCUCUGUGCUCUGGUUGUGCAGCCUCCAUACUUGCUAGCAUUGCUGUUGAUGUUUUCCCUACUUGCUUACGAGCGAUGGCGAUGUGUACGAUGUACAUGGUAGGCCGGGCCGGUGCGGCGUUUGGCUCGUACAUUCUCGGAGCUCUGCUGGACUCGCAUUGCCAGAUGUCCAUUGUUUCCUUCGGCGUUUCCAGUUUUGUGUCAGCGGCGCUAAUGGUGUACUGGCCGAAACCUGAGAAGGUCCGUACAGAGAUAGAGGGCCGAGGCCUUACGUACUAGCAAUGUUCGCGCGUCUUAUCAUAUAAGACUGAUCUUUUACUACUUAUGUAUUCCUAUUACUUUUAGGUGUGAUUAAUAAAGAUAUUUAUAUU